UGUGUGACAGUUCCGUUCCCGCUGAAUACCAGUGAAUGGGGCUAGCUGGGCUAGCAGUAGUGGUCACUGGUCGCGUUUUAGUGGCAGCAAGAGCGGCGCAACAGUUCAGCGAGUGGACCAACGAAAUCUCGUGCUGCGAUUGAACGCGUUAGCGCGCAGGCAUCCUCAACUCGUCGAUUCGCAGAGAGAACACGUGCUCAUCAGGUUCUUUGUCCCUUCCUAACUUCCUGCAACUUGGUAGGCGGCAUGGAAGGAGGCUUGCCGAGCAUUGCCGGUGACUUUGUUGGAGAUUACUUGGAACACACAUGGCGAAGACGGGCACAGCGCUACAGGCGACGACUGAGAGAAUUUUUCAUGCCGUCUGGGCUGCACGGCACGUUUCGAAACUUAGGCUCACUGGCUGAUGCAAGUUCUCCCAACUCUGAGGACUUGGAAGAGGAUGACAGACGUAGUUGCUGUCGGAAGUGUCUGGACUUCGUUGUGACGCUGCGGCUUGAAGCAUUCUUUUUUCUCUUCACCCUUGCCUACACCAUGCAGUAUGCCACGACAGCCAAUCUGCUUGAGCUGAAGGCAUGCUACCAGGUGCUUAAUGAGACCAAGGAAAUCUGUGGAAAUUUGACAGAGAAUUCAAAGGAGCAUGUGAAGGUUCGAAAUGUUGCUACUUUGUACAUUAUAUAUCAGUCUCUUGUUGGGUUUUUGCCUGGAGCAUUGAUCACUCUUGUUGUUGCAAGUUGGUGUGAUGAGUCCGGUAGGUUCAAGAUUCCAUUGUAUGUUUCGCUCAUUGGCACCAUGCUCAAGAUUUCUGGAGAGCUGGUGACUGCGGUGUAUGAAGAUUCGUCUAUCUACUUCAACCUGAUCUCUGCUGUUCCUGAGGGCCUGUCUGGUGGCCUUCCAGCUAUUCUCAUGUCAUCUUACACAAUUACAGCAUUGUCAUCUUCAAGGAAACAGAGAACCAUGAGGUUCUUCACCUUGCAGAUUGCCUUUGUCAUUGCACUGCCAGUUGGUCAGCUAAUCACUGCCCUUGCAUUUGUCAACUCGAGGAAGUUUGUCCCUUUGAUGGGCUCCUCACUAGGAAUUGUUGCCCUGUCAUUCCUGUGCGCAGUAUUCCUAGUCAGAGAUAUGGCUCCCUGCGUUGCAGAAGAUCCAGGAAAUGUUCAAGCUCCUGGAGAGUCUUCGUCUCGAGUGCCUUCCUCCAACGCAAGACCUUAUAAGCUAGUCAAGCAUCUCUUUAGUACACAACAUCUGGUGGGCAGUAUCCGAACUGUCCUUGGCCGUCGUUACGAUGUAGACCGGUUCAGGAUUCCACUGCUUGUUCUAUCUGUGUUCCUUCUUGUACUGAACAGCCAAACAUCUUUCAUGGGCUACUUCUAUGCAAAAAAGCAAUUCAACUGGACCUUCUCUCGAUACCUGGUGAUUACAUCUGCAUUUUCUUUAGCUAGCGUAUUUGUUUUGAUUCCACUUCUAGUAAUCUUCCUGCGUUGGCUUCCAAACCAAGAGUAUGGUCUUGCUGUAGUUGGCAUCAUGGGUGUCGGUGCCAAGAACAUCUUCCAUGCGUCUUCUGGAGCUGCAGGCAGCCCUCUUUUCUUUCUAGGCUAUGGCUUUGGAAUGCUGAGCAAUAUUGCACCAGCUUGCAUACGCUCGCACAUUUCGAAGCUUCUUCCAGAUGCUGAAUAUGGUAGGCUGUUUUCUGUGAUGGCAACCUGUGAAGCCCUUGCUCCUCUCUUGGGGCGCGUGAUGUUUGAGCGACUGUUUGGUCUGUCCAAAGGUUUCUUUGCGGGGCUUUCGUUUAUAGUUGGCCUCUUAUUUUUGGUCCUGCCUCUAGCUGUAGUAGUUUAUUUCUGGCGCAAACGUCAGAAUGAGUAUGCUGUAAUGGCAGAGGACCCAGCAGCCGAAAACGCAAAUCCUAGAGCUUAGUUCUACUUUGUGGGCUUUUAUUCAUGCCUGUUCAGGCUGUGUGGUAAUCAACUUGCACAAUAUAGUUCAUGUUACUUUUACUGUUGUCUCACAAAUUCUGCAGCACAUCGGGCUGUUUUCUUGACUACAUCUUGCGUUUUGGGGGAUUUCAUUGUCGGCAUUUACUUGUGCGUGUUGGAAAUGGGCAAGUGUCCUGAAAGUGCCUUUAUAUAAGGAAGCACGUUGCACCUGUUCGGUUUUAAGUCUAAUGGCACAAUUGUUCUCGUGUUUGUGAUGCCUAAUGUGUGCCUUAAUAAACAAUCAAGAAGUUCAUCUCCUUUAAAGCAGUGGUUACUUGCGGGUCAUGCGAGGUUAACUUUUUGCUGUGCUUGUUAACAAAUGUUCUCAUAAUGAUUGUGCCAAUCACUAGCGUUGGCUUGCAAAAAUACGACUGCAACUACAAGUUCUUAAUUAGCAUGGAUGUAAGUGUGUUAAGUUCAUAUUGGAAAAGAAAGGAGCAAAGGCUGUGAAAGGUGCACAUGGGAGAAAUGAUUAUUCAUUUUCAAAGGUUUUCUUUUUUGUUUUUAGCUCAGCUUUGUUGGUGUAUAAAAUAUUGCUUUGGGGCAACACAAGGACCCCACUAGCAUACCUUUGCAUGAUUGAGCCAACAAGUUUACCAAAGUAUGAACAACUUUCUUUAUUGAAGGUGCAGUCAACACAUAGCCAUCCAAGUGCUGAAAAACAAAGAUAACCUGAAAUGUCUACUGUGUAGUCCACCUAGAAUUCACCAAAGAUUGUUCAUGUGUGAUUAGUAAAAGCUGUGAAAUGUUCAACUCAUGUGUGAUUGCAUUAUUCACUUUACUGUCCUUCAGAAUGCUGUUGGUCUCCUUUGCCUGUGUGUGGUCUAUCUACCAUCUCUUAAUUAGCUUUUUCAUGGUCAGCACAGGUAUGUAAUGCACAUUUACGCAUAGUGAAUACCAUAUGCAGAAGUCGUCAUCGGCCAGAUAUGAAAUAAUGUUUGGGCAGGAGACCGGUCUUACUUUCUUUUCUUUUUCUCUUGUUCUCUAUAUUCUUAACAGUGAAUAUUUUUAACAUGCUUUGCAACUAGCUGAGCCUUACCAUGGUUUUAUGCAAUGAGUCAUUGUGCAUCUCAUUGUAUUUAUUCACAUUCCAUAAGUUUUAAUCCUGUGACAUGACCACGGAGCAAGAAUUUAUUAGGAGACGAAGCAGCGCCAGUUCUGGCAUCCCAAUGAUUGAGGUUUUUUGGCGCACGAAAAGGAACGAGAGACAGAGGCAAGACGCGGACACAGCGCUGUCUCUCAUUCCUUUUCGUGCGCUAAAAAACCUCAGUUAUGGAAUACCAACACGCCCUAACCUACGCUCUAUCCCAAUGAUGAUAUGGCGGAGGUCACGGCGCCAACGCACCCUCCGUUGUUCAAGUCCACUUGCAGAGAAUGAGAGGCCGCGCAGUCGCCAUAGCGGCCUGCUGGUUCAAGAGCACCCAGCUCCAUCGCUGCUAGUGGCAUCUGCACGUGAAUGGAUGCGCCCGUUUCUGAUAGCACUUACUUCCCCGAAAUUUCUGUGCAUUGACAUGAACAACAGCCCAUGGAGUCAUGGCAAAUGUGGGCAGCGGCAAGGUGCCCCAUCUCAUCUUGACCCAUUGUCGCAAGCAGCAUGCAUCCCCAUAUCUUGACCCACCGGAACGCGCUGUCGCAGCUGGACAGAUUCCCCUUCUGAAAUACUUCUUUCUCCGUGGGCCAUGCCAUUAUCAACACUUUAUUGUACCUUUCCUCUUAGAUACCACUGAUAUACUCUACUUUGUGAAUUUAUCCAUUUCGGCUGCUCUACUGGUUGUGUGUAAGCAUAGUUUAAUUUGUAGUGCUUGUCAUAAGAAAGCUUGUUGUGGGCUAAAAUCCCAGUGAGGAAGGUACCUUUGUCACAAAAAUAGGUUGUGUUUGGUAAUGGCAGCCUCAUAUAAUGCCUUUUGUCUUUGUGUCAGUAACAUUAGUUUGAUAUGGGCAACUCAACUGUCCCAGUUUGCAGAACUUCGUUUUUUUUAAACAAGUUGUGGCUAUAUUUGGUUGUGGUACAAUGAUGUCAUUUAACUUAUUAGACAUAGAACUUCAGCUAUUUUCUUUCACGCAUUUAAACACAGUAGUGCCCACUGUUGUGAUCUAUUGUUAAGGAUGCUCGUUAAAUGUUAUUAUCUUGUUCUUGCAGUGUUGCUGUUUUGACAAAAUGUUAUGGUGCUUUAAGGCCAUUUUGUGCUUUUGCAAAGUCACGUUGAGCACUUUUUUUUUUUUCGCUUGUCUUGCACUUUGUGUCGUCUCUGAUGAAAAAUAAAAAUGAAAAGGUUGUUUGUUUCUUCA